AUGGCGACCUUUUCGGCCACCUUUUCCCAGUCCUUCAUGAUCCCUCGGCCCGUCUUGACCGAGAAAAACCUCCCCGACCAGACAGGCAAGGUCCACAUCGUCACCGGCGGCUACAGCGGCGUAGGCAAGGAAUUGGCAGCCAUCCUGUACCAACGCAACGCAACAGUUUACGUCGCCGGCAGGAGCGAGGCAAAAGCCACCACGGCCAUCAAAGCCAUCAAGGACCAGUAUCCGCAUUCCACGGGACGGCUCGCCUUCCUCUCGGUCGACUUUUCCGACCUCGCCACGGUCAAGCCGGCGGUGGAAUCGUUCCUCGCCCAGGAGAAGCAGCUCCACGUCCUCGUGAACAAUGCUGGCAUCAUGGUGCCGCCCAAAGGAAGUAAGGGCAAGCAGGGCCACGAGCUGCAAAUGGCCACCAAUUGCUUGGGGCCCUUUCUCUUUACCAAAAGCCUCGUUCCCGUAUUGAAGGAGACGGCGGCCGUCAGCCCCCCUGGCUCCGUGCGCAUCACAUGGGCCAGCUCUCUCGCGUCGAGCGCCUUGUCCCCCCAAGGAGGUGUCAGCCUUGGCAAGGACGGGGCUCCGGUGGUUUCUUCGACGCAGUGGGUCAACUACGGGCAAUCCAAAGCUGCCGGCAUAUUCUACGCAUCCGAGUUUAGCCGUCGAUAUGGCAGCCACGGCAUCUUGAGCGUCUCGUUCAACCCCGGAAACCUUAAAAGCGACCUUCAUCGCCAUCUGGACCUCCUUUCAACCCUGGCAGCCAAGAUUUUCAGUCACCCCGUUCGAUAUGGGGCCUAUACCGAGCUCUACUCUGGCUGGAGUCCGGACAUUCAGCCGGAGAAUGGUGGCAUGUUUGUGAUUCCGUGGGGGAGAGAGGGCAACAGUACCCUGCGGGGCGAUUUGCGCAAGUCUGUGGAAGAGUCCCGGACGGAUGAGACUUCUGUUGUGAGGAGAUUCUGGGACUGGAGCGAGAGCGAAACCGCUCAGUACGCGUAG